GAAUAGUUUUCGUUUAGUGAAAAACAGGUGGCACUAUCGCUGCUAUGUCCAAAGAAUUUCAUUUGUCGUAUAAAAUGUCUAGAAAUCUUCUAUCCGAUAGUCAAUCGACACAUCUGACAAACUCGACGUACGACAAAUAAAAUCACAGUCAGAUCCGCAUCUUGUCACCCUGUGGCAAAACGUGUAACAGUUAGUGACAGUUAGUGACAGCUAGUGCAGUUUUACGUGACGUCACAUAGGUGAUAUUACUGAUCUCUUGAAAAUGUUAACAAAAUAAAAGGAUUCAUGCCCUUCAGGAAUAUUAAUAAACAAUAUAAUCAGCAUAUCAGUUCUAUACGCAUAACAUGUGCGAUGAAACGAGAAGACCAACGCGAAGAAAGAGAUGGUUUUACAGUCACACUUGACACAAUUAUGACAGCCGAGGAAUCUCAGUAUUGUUGAAGUAAUAAAAAUCUCAUCGAUCGAGCGAUGGCACCCGCAAAAGACAAAUGGAUCAGACGUUUUAUAAUUCCUGAAACGGCGAGACAUAAGAAAGGCUUCACAAUUUACAAAGUCACUUCUAUGGUGUUCUUGAAUUCUUCUCAUGAAGAGAUAUCAAAGGUCUCUGUGUGGAAACGUUACAAUGACUUCAAGAAACUUUAUUCGGAGCUCAGCAAUUUGCACAAACGUCUAGGAAUAAAAGAAGGCUUCCCGACUUUACCCAAAUCGAGAUAUUUUGGCAGAUUUGAGGCUGAGGUUGUGGAGGAGAGGAGGAAAUAUGCUCUUAAAUUUCUGGAAUUCGUGGGACGAUAUUCGUACUUAUAUUCCAGCGAUAUUUUUAUAACAUUUUUUGAAACUAGUCACGUGGAUAAUUACAACGGUGAUUGUACACAUUCCAUAAGCUCCGACACGUCGGAGGAUGAUCGUAUCGUUGCUUUGAAUAAUUCCGUGCUCCCGGGUGACACCGCAACAGCACAAAGUACUUUUCAAGUGCCGUGUCUUUCUAAAACAUCCCAUAAUGUUCUAACGAACCCGUGUUCCACACUGUCGAAUUUUCAUGCAAACGACCUUGCAGUGUCUCGGAGAAGAAGCGAAUCUCACAGUACCAGCAAUUUGCAAAAUGCAAAUAUUAAAAAAGAUGAACAAAGCUACACAAAGAACACGACGAAGCAGUAUCUGCAAGAUACCACUAAUCAAGACUGUGAUGCACGUAUAAGAAAUACCAGUCCCGACGGGAACAAAUUAACACUAAAUAACGAGUCGGGAUUUGACUGUCUGAAUAACAAUAUUAGUAAAAAUCUUACAAAUCGCAACACUGCUCAUUCUACGUGUUCCACAACGCAGGCGGACUCCGCGCAAUAUAUUUUAAUAGCUGCCGGCCACAUGAGCGCAGCCUUCAAACACGAAUCUCUAGCGGAGUAUAAGGAAGCUUUCACACAGUACAAACUGGGAAUAUCGUCUCUUAUAACCGGUGUGCAGUUCGAUCCAGACAGUACAAGAGCAGCGAGUAUAAAAGAUAAAAUAUCCAAGUAUUUAGCACGGGCUGAGCAGUUAUAUAAUAGCCAUUUAAAUUGUAAUAUCUCGUUAAUAAGUAAACCUGUGUCGGAGCUCCAGUACUACAAAGUACUUAAGAUCAUGAAAUCAGUGAUGCUUGUAACGGACAUACGUGAAAAUUGUAGCAGAAUUAUAAAAGUAGUCAUUUUUCAGUCUAUAGAGAAAUCUUCUGUUCACGAGGAUAACAUAAAUAAUUAUAUAUUGCGUGAACGAGUGCCAUAUAUGGUAGACUUAUAUGCAUUUGUUGAAACUGAAACUACUGUAUUUUUAAUCCUGCAACAUGCAAGUUGUGGAAAAUUAUGGGAUUUCAUAAAUCUACAUUAUAAAACAUCCAACAAUUUGAUUUCAAAUCAUACAUAUACAAGCAAUCAUGUCAAUGUCAAACUUGAUAGUAACAAAAAUGCUCACGAACUAAAAAAAGUAGAUAAAACUAUAGGAAAUGAUAAAUCACGAGAUAUGGAUCAUUCGUGCUCGAUGGAUGAACAAAGUAAAAUCUAUAACAUGGAGGUACCAACGGUACAGUUGUUGGAAAAUUCACAAAAAUUGCUACAAUCCGUUAAUGCGACAUUAAGAAGGAGUAAUUCCAUCGCUAGUCGACUAAACAGAUCUAAGGAAUUGAGAUACUCGGAAAAUCCAAAAUCACCGCCGAGUGCAAAAAUCAUUACUUCAAAUCGAUUAAAAGAUUCGAAUUUAAAAAAAAAUAACGAUACCGGAAAUACUUCUGAUGAGACUAAUGCUUUAAACAUUCAUUGUACCGUCAAUGUAAAUAACCAUUUAACGUCAAAUCACAGUUAUAACGUUUAUGAAACACAACCGCAUAUGCAUAAGGAAAAUAAUGCCGAUGACGACCAGCAAGAACUUUGGCAAGUACCUGAGGCUGUAGUUCGAUCAUGGGCAGCUGAAAUUCUUUUAGCUCUGGAGGUGCUUCACCAACAGGAUGUCUUUAUUUUCGAUUUUAAACCUGAUAAUAUUCUUAUCAACGAUAUGGGACAUGUACAGCUCACUUAUAUCGUACCACAGCACAGUGUGGAAUUGUCAAAACUGACAUACCCAUAUUCGUCCCCGGAAUCGGCGACGUUUGCCCCGACUAUUCUUGUCACGUCUGCCACGGAUAUCUGGAGCUUUGGAGUUAUUUUGUACGAGUUACUUACCGGCAUUAUGUUUGCUGUUAGACAUCCUGGAUUGUUUCAUUCACAUUCCGCAAUUAGCAUUCCUAGCAAACUGUCGGAAAAUGCGAGAGCUUUGUUACAUGGCAUUCUGAAGUAUCAUCCGGACGAGCGAUUGACGAUGAACGAGAUAAAGCGUCAUCCGUUCUUCGCAGAAAUCGAUUGGUCCAGUAUGGUCAAUUCUCAAACGUAAUGUUAACACCAGUAGACAAUUA